AUGGCGGAUACCGGUGCGUUAGCAGGUUUCAGUUCCAGAUUAUUUUCUGUCAUUCGUUUUGAAAGCAUCAUUCAUGAAUUUGAUCCAUGGUUUAAUUACCGUUCUACUCAUUAUAUGGUUAAUAAUGGGUUUUACAAUUUUCUGAAUUGGUUUGAUGACCGGGCAUGGUACCCAUUGGGCAGGAUUGUUGGUGGGACUGUUUAUCCUGGCUUGAUGGUAACCUCUGGAUCAAUCCACUGGGUACUUCACACUCUUAAUAUCCCUGUACACAUCAGAGAUAUUUGUGUGUUCCUUGCGCCUAUAUUCAGUGGUCUGACUGCAUUGGCUACAUAUUUUUUCACCAAAGAAAUAUGGAGUGCAGGUGCUGGUCUAUUUGCUGCAUGCUUUAUUGCAAUAGUUCCAGGUUAUAUCAGCCGAUCAGUUGCAGGUAGUUAUGACAAUGAAGGAAUUGCCAUAUUUGCUCUGAUGUUCACUUACUACACAUGGAUAAAGGCUGUGAAGACUGGAACAGUUUUCUGGGGAGUUUGUACAGCCCUUUCUUAUUUUUACAUGGUGUCAGCCUGGGGAGGUUAUGUCUUUAUUAUCAACUUAAUUCCCCUCCAUGUCUUUGUUUUAUUGCUUAUGAGACGCUAUUCAAGAAGAAUUUAUAUCGCUUACAGUACAUUCUACAUUGUUGGUUUAUUGUUAUCAAUGCAAAUUCCAUUUGUUGGUUUCCAACCAAUUCGUACAAGUGAGCACAUGGCUGCAGCAGGUGUGUUUGCCCUGUUAAAUGCCUAUGCUGCUCUGCGCUAUAUUCAGUCUCACCUGACCAAAGCAGAAUUUCGUUAUUUUUUCAUAAUUUCUAUUGUUGCUUCUGCGGGAUUGGUUUUUUUGACAGUUGUUGGAUUAACAUGGGCAGGUUUUAUUGCUCCCUGGAGUGGAAGGUUCUAUUCCUUAUGGGACACUGGCUAUGCCAAAAUCCACAUUCCUAUAAUUGCCUCUGUAUCAGAGCAUCAACCAACAACUUGGGUUUCUUUUUUCUUCGAUCUUCAUAUUUUGGUUUGUGCUUUCCCAGCUGGUGUUUGGUUUUGUAUACGCAACGUGAAUGAUGAGAGAGUGUUUGCCGUUCUCUAUGCUAUCAGUGCCAGUUAUUUUGCUGGUGUGAUGGUUCGUCUAAUGCUUACUCUGACUCCUAUUGUUUGCGUACUAGCAGCUAUUGCCUUCUCUAAAACUUUUGAAGUAUAUUCCAAAGAUGACAGUGUGAAAUCUAAACAAAAGGAACAUUCUCAAGAAACUAAAAAUGACCGACUUUAUGAUCAAGUCGGUAAACCCAAAAAGGUGAAUGAUAAGCCCAAAGAACAGGGUUUAGGCACCAAUAUUAAGAGUACAAUCAACAUAGCUGUAGUGAUGAUGUUGAUGCUGUUUGCUGUCCAUUGUACAUGGGUUACAAGUAGUGCAUACUCAAGCCCUAGUAUAGUUUUGGCAUCUUAUAAUCAUGAUGGGAGUCGUACAAUUUUGGAUGAUUUCCGUGAAGCUUACUUUUGGUUGCGUCAAAAUACUCACGAUAAAGCUCGUGUGAUGUCCUGGUGGGACUAUGGCUACCAGAUAGCGGGAAUGGGUAAUCGAACAACGUUAGUGGAUAAUAAUACUUGGAAUAAUAGUCAUAUAGCUUUGGUUGGUAAGGCAAUGUCCUCUAAUGAGAGUGCAGCCUAUGAUAUCAUGCGGUCACUUGAUGUUGACUAUGUCUUGGUCAUUUUUGGUGGUGUGAUUGGGUAUUCUGGUGAUGAUAUUAAUAAGUUUUUAUGGAUGGUACGAAUUGCUGAAGGUGAACAUCCCAAAGAUAUUCGGGAAUCGGACUAUUUCACUCCUCAAGGAGAGUAUAGGGUGGAUGCUGCUGGCUCAUCCACCCUCCUCAAUUGUUUAAUGUAUAAACUAUCUUACUACAGAUUUGGACAGCUACAACUUGAUUUUAGAAAUCCCCCUGGGUAUGACCGUACCCGAGGAGUUGAGAUAGGAAAUAAGGACUUUGAUCUCACUCAUCUAGAAGAGGCGUAUACAACUGAGCAUUGGUUAGUGAGAAUCUAUAAAGUAAAAGACCUUGACAAUCGUCAAAAAGUUAAAGCUAGACGACCAAUCAAGAAAACUAUGAAGAGACACACAUCAAAGACAGCCAAAAGAAAACAAGGUCGUAUCAAGGAUAAACCAAAAAUUAAGAAAGGUAUUAAAAAAGGCAAGAAGUCUUUUUCCAUCCUUUUUUUCUGUUUUCUUUUCUUUUUUACUUUUUCUAAAAUCUUUUUUCCUUUAAUUGUUUCUUCUUUUUCCUUUCCUUUUCUAUAUAUUUUUUUUUCUCUUUUCCUUUUUCUUUUCUAA